AUGGAGCCAGGCUGGGGCUGGAACAGUACUCAUCACAGCCAGCCUGGGCACAGCCAGGGGCUGCUGACCCCCCAGACCCUGGCAGGGGACCCCAACCUGACCCUCUUGCACAGCCGGGAUGAGGAGCUGGCCAAGGCAGAGAUAGGGGUGCUGGCCACCAUCCUGGCUGUAGCGACCAUAGGCAAUGUGGGGGUGCUGCUGGCCAUGUACCGCCUGAGGAAGAAGAUGAGCCGGAAAAACCUGCACCUGGGACUGACUGACCUGGGCGUUGCCCUCUUCCAGGUGCUGCCACAGAUGAUCUGGGAGGUGACAUACCGCUUCUUGGGGCCAGACCCACUCUGCAGGGCAGUCAAGUACCUGCAGGUGCUGAGCAUGUUUGCCUCCACCUACAUGCUCAUCGUGAUGACCCUGGACCGCUACAUGGCCGUGUGCCACCCGCUGCGCACCCUGCAGCAGCCCAUCUGCAAGAACCUCAAGGGCAAGACCCAGAGCGGUGCCCUGGGCACGGGGGGUCCCACAGCAGCUGCCCCUCCCCCUCCCUGCUCCUCCGAGAAGAGCGGGCAGUGCCCCAGUGGGCAGCCCUCACGGGUGAGCAGCGUGCGCACCAUCUCCCGUGCCAAGAUCCGCACGGUGAAGAUGACCUUUGUCAUCGUGGUGGCCUAUGUCGCCUGCUGGGCUCCGUUUUUCAGCAUGCAGAUGUGGUCGGUGUGGGAUGAGGAUGCUCCUGAUGAUGAAUCCACCAACGUGGCUUUCACCAUCACCAUGCUGCUGGCCAGCCUCAGCAGCUGCUGCAACCCCUGGAUCUACAUGUUCUUCAGUGGACACCAGCUCCAGGAUGCAGCACGUUGCCUGUCCUGCUGGGCUGGCCCCCGGCCCAGGCUAAGGAGACAGGCUUCCAUCGGGAGCCUCUGCAGCAGGAAAACCACCAUCCUGAGCCACAGCCACCACGCCAGCCCCACCAGCCUCCCCCUGCAUGGGGACAGCACCAAGGACUUCUACCCACCCUGUGAGGAGGUGGUGACCGAGUCAGGGGUGCUCUAG